AUGUAUUAUAUAUUCAAGCUACCUGAAGAAAUUGACAAUUAGUUCCCCGUUGAUUCGGCUGAGGCGUUUGGAAAUAGCCACCACAGGUGCUUGUAAAAGCGUCGAGAUCUGCGCACCGAAUCUGCGUUUGUUUGCAUUCUGUGGGUUUUAUAGGAUUCCCAUUGCCUUGAAGAAUGUUUCGUCUCUUAUUAAUUUAUUCCUUGGGGCAAUGAGUCCUGUGAUAUUAAUUGAUUAUAUGAACCAAUUAUCGGGUUUUCUUUCUCAGCUCGAGUCUCUGACACUUCACACAUCUAUAUUUCAGAUUAGUAUUAUAUCCUUUUUUCUUUUUCUUUUCUUAAUAAAUUCUUUUUUUUUUGUCUGAAAUUGUUGAGAUUAAACUUAUUGUUUCAGGAUUAUGUACUUGCAAAAUGUCCAGAUUUACCUAAGCUCAAGAAAUUAGUACUCGAUAUUAUGCGCCCAAGUGGAUAUCAAAGUCUACUGUGUUUUACUCCCCUAAUGAGUGUUGCACCUUCAUUACGUGAGCUGGUAUUGAAGCUCCAAUGGUCUGAAAAUUUUAUGCGAAGAACGAUUCAUACUGUUAAAGCACAAAAUAGACAUCUUGGUGUUGAAGUGCUUCAGAUAGAAGGUUUUGCAGGCGGUGAUAUUGAUGUUGAACUGGCUGAGUAUGUGGUUGAGAAUGCGACUUCACUCAAGAAAAUAGUUAUUGAUUUUCGUCGAAUUAAACCUAAUGUUUUUCGCAAGUACGAGAAUGUAAUGGCUAAACAAGGUGAAGCAGACAUUGUGGAUAGCGAUCGGAUGGCAAUAGCUAGAGAAGGCGCUGCUUUGCUAAAAGCAAAACUCGCUGCCGCUGUUAAACUGCUUAUUCGAUCAUAA